AUGUAUCUGGGUUGCUUAUUACUCUUCGUUGCUUGCAUCUUGACAAAUGCAUCAAAGACACGUUAUGAUGGCAAUAUUGUCGUAUCUGUAAUCCCUUCAGAAGAAAGACAUUACAAAUUAUUAACAAACCUCGAAGAUCAACAUGAAAUUGAUAUUUGGAAUGAACUACGUCGUAAUGAUUCUGUUCAUGUUAUGUUUCAUAAACAAAAACAAUCACAACUAUGGCCACUCUUUGAAUCAUUCAAUAUGAAACCAUCAAUUUUAAUUAAUGAUGUCCAAAAAUUAGUCGAUGCAGAAGAACGAACUCUUCAAGUACAUGCUCGAUCGGGUCAACCACGUAAUAUUCUCACUACUUUUCUUAACUAUGAUGAGUAUACUGCUUGGUUAAAAAGUAUAGUAGCAACUUAUCCAAAUCUUGCAACACUUCAAUCCAUUGGUAAAACAUAUGGCAAUCGAGAUAUUUGGCUUGUUAAACUUACUGCGAAUUCUGGAGCAGUAAAGAAAACAGCUUUUAUGGAUUUCGGUAUUCAUGCACGUGAAUGGAUAUCACCGGCAACUGGUGGUUACAUGAUUAAUGAAUAUUUAACACAAUAUGCAGCAGGUGGUAGUGCUAAAGACAUUUUAGAUAAAUGGGAAUUACAUAUAGUUCCUAUCCUUAAUCCUGAUGGUUAUGCCUAUUCACAUUCAACAAGUCGUAUGUGGCGUAAAAAUCGAAAACCAACUAGUACCAGUUGUAUUGGUGUUGAUCUUAAUCGAAAUUUUGGUUAUAAAUGGAAUACAGGUGGUAGUUCAUCUGAUCCAUGUUCUGAAACAUUUCAUGGUGGUGCACCAAUGACUGAAAAUGAAGCUAAAGCUGUUCAAGGUUAUAUGACUCCUAGAAAUUGGGAUACAUAUCUUACAUUUCAUUCUUAUGGACAAUGGUGGUUUACUAACUGGGGUUAUACAACAAGUGACCCACCUCAGUAUAAACUUCUUAAAGACAAAGCUACCAUUGGUAUGAAUGCUCUCCAAAGUGUCAAUGGACGAAAAUAUACACUUGGUUCAUCAGCACAAUUACUUUAUGUUGCUAGUGGAGGUAGUGAAGAUUGGACAGCAGGUAUACUUGGAAUCUUAUAUUCAUAUUGCCUUGAAUUACCACCAACAGGUGGUACUGGAUUUCUUGCACCUGUCAGUGAAAUUAAGAAAACAGGUGCUGAAACUCAUGCUGGUAUAGUGGCUUUGUUGAAAGUACUUUAA